AUGCCCGACACAUCUGCCAAGAUUCUGCAGAUAAUGAACCUUCCUGAUGCCACACAUUGGCGCCUGCCCAACGCGCUACCUCACGCUGUGCCUUCUGGCUGCAAAGUCACAAAACCUGAGCCUCUCAUCAAGAAGAUAACCGAUGAAGAACUGCAGCAGUGGCAGCUUCAAUUCAAGGGCACAGAUGACAGCGCGGCUAAAUGUCAAGUCAAGAAGAAUUCAGCCGUUGUUCUUCCAGCUAUAGUUAAUGUUGAUAUCGAAAGCCUCAAAAAGAUGAUUGAUGAACAGGGAGACAAAGUUCGAGCUUUGAAAGCCGGAGGAGCGUCCAAGGCAGACAUAUCAGCAGACGUUGCUACGCUGCUGCAGCUGAAGAACCAGCUUGCGCAAGCCCAGGGCGCCCCUGCCGUCCCUCCUGCUAAAGACAAGAAGCAGAAGAAGGCUCGCAUCGACUACAUUUGUCGUAAAGUGGGUGUGUAA